AUGCAGUUAUUAUCCGACAAACUAAGUAACGGAAACCUUAACUCUAAGAUUGAAGCUGCAAGAGAAAUCAGAAGAAUGGUUCGUAAAUCAUCUAAAACAAGGUCCAAAUUCGCGGCUGUUGGUGUCAUUCAACCGCUUAUCUUUAUGCUAUCUUCUUCCAAUCUUGAUGCUCGUCAAUCUUCUUUGCUGGCGCUUCUCAACCUUGCUGUUCGUAAUGAGAGAAACAAGGUCCAAAUAGUGACAGCUGGUGCAGUGCCUCCUCUGGUGGAGCUCCUCAAGAUGCAAAACAAUGGUAUACGAGAAUUGGCCACAGCCGCAAUCUUAACACUCUCGUCUGCUGCAUCCAACAAGUCGAUUAUUGCUGCUUCCGGAGCUGCUCCUCUCCUUGUUCAGAUUCCUCAAAUCUGGAAUGCCGUUUCCCCUCUCAUCAACCUCCUUAAAGACUGUAAAAAGUACUCAAAGUUUGCAGAAAAAGCUUCAUCACUGCUUGAAAUCCUCUCCAAUUCUGAAGAGGGACGAACCGCAAUCUCACUCGCAGACAGUGGAAUUUUAACCAUCGUAGAGACAGUUGAAGACGGAUCACUUGUAAGCACAGAGCACGCCGUUGGAGCAUUGCUAUCGUUAUGUCUAAGCAGCCGCGUUAAAUAUCGGGAACUAAUUCUUAAAGAAGGAGCAAUUCCAGAUUUGCUUCGAGAUUCUCCUGAAGAAAAAAGACUAGACUCGUCGGUUUUGGAGAAAAUUGUUUACGACAUUGCUGAACGGCUAGAUAGAGUAGAUAAAGCCGGCGAAACAUCGAAAUGA